UUUUAUUGCGCGGCAUCUUCAAUUUAUUUUUUUUAUAUUUAAAAAUAUUAUUUUCGCUUUGUUUCGUAGAGCAGUUGCUAACUAAAGCUCGUGCUAGAAACAACGCUUUUAUUCAGAAUUACAAAAUAAUCGAAUGAAUUAUUGAAAAUAAUUUUUAAAAGAAAUUAAGAAUAAAAUUCUUUUCUAUUUCAAAUAAUAUAAGUAAAUAUGUUGAAAAUAUUAUUAAGUGCUUUUACGUGUUUAGCCUUGUUUGGGUCAACGGCUUUUGCUGCUAGUUCUUGUUCUAGCUCCAAUGGUACGUAUCCCGUUUCCGGAUCUUGCGAUGGUUACAUUGAAUGCCGCAACGGUGUAGCUGAAGAAAAACUAUGUCCUGAUGGUUUAUUAUACAAUGAAAAGAGCACCGGUUAUCCUUGUGGUUAUCCGAUUGAUGUUGACUGUCAACAGGGACAAGGACGUAUACAGCCAGCUCAACCUACCGAAGAAUGUCCUCAUCAAUUCGGCUAUUUUCCUCUAGGUGAUUCGAAAAAUUGUGGACAGUUUAAAAAUUGUGCUGACGGCCGUGGCUAUGUAUUCGAUUGUCCCGAUGAUUUGGCGUGGAAUAAAAACACCUACAAGUGUGAUUGGCCCGACAUGGUGGAGGAUUGCGAUGCUGCUGCCUUUUUGGGCUUUAAAUGUCCUGGGCCCGCAAGCUCUUCCGCCAAAUCGAAAUCUCCCUUAUUAGGAGAGCCGGCAGCCGAAUAUCAUUUCUAUCCCGAUCCCCAAAGCUGCCAACACUAUUUUAUUUGCUUGGAGGGUCGUCCUCGACGUAUAGGAUGCGGUGAAGAUCGUGCCUUCAAUCAAGAACUCAAUGAAUGCGAUGAUAUUGAAAAUGUACCGAAUUGUAGUGCGGGAGUUAAGCAGAAAGGCAAUGAUAUUAAAAACGCGCGUUUGCAAGCGAGCAAAGCGCAAAGCAGUUCGCAAAGGAGUGGUUUUGCGAAACCGCAGAAAAGUGCUUUUGCCUCACAACAAAAGACAGGAUUUUCUAAUCAGCAAAAAUCAUCAUAUAAUAGAAAAUUUUAACUUAAAAAUAAAUUAAAAAAAAAAAUUCUUUUUAGGGUUUGUGUUAUA